AUGACCCGAACCCAAGCAAUGAACAAAUUCUGCAAACGCCGACCCCUGACUUUUCACAGAGAUCCUAACCCCAUCAUGGCCGAGACGUGGCUGAAUGAAGUCAAGACGAUCCUUAGAACCUUAGGGAUUACCCGCGAUGGAGACUGCAUGGCCUUAGCCACUUACCAGCUGAAAGGGGAGGCCCGUUAUUGGUGGGACCUAAUGGAAGCCACCCAUACCAUAGCCAUUAUGACCUUCACUGAGUUCGAAAUCUUAUUCCUCAACAAAUACUUUCCCAAACCCCUUCGCCUAGCCAAGAAACAAGAGUUCCUGAACCUAAAACAAGGAACGAUGACCGUCACCCAGUACGUGGCCAAGUACGAGGAACUAUCCCAUUACGCCCUAGACUCCAUCCCGAAUGAGGACAAGAAGGCUAGGAGGUUCGAGUGGGGGCUGACGACCACUCGAUGGGCCGUGGUGGCUUAA